AUGAUAACAAACACAUUUUGUGUAAAGCAUUACUUUUGCAUCCGCCAUUCUGUAUUUUGUGUCAACUGCGGCCGUGUGCUUUGUGUUCACUUUUCUCGACUACUCAGGACGUCUCCGAAAACUGAAUCUCCAUGUGGUAAGUAAUUUCAAUUUGCCAUUUGGAAAUUUAGUGUCGGUAUUUUGUAUACGUGAUCAAGAUCUCCGUCAAUUACACGAAAAAAAGGUAUAACACAUUUUUUCAGUUAUUGAUUUUACCGUUUUUAUUAUAAUAAUCUGUGCUCCUGGGCCACGAGGGUUUACACUUUUGAAAUGAUGCAGAGUAAAAUUUAUUUCAUCGCUCCAUUGUUUUAAAUUUGUAAAUCUUUAUGGAAUACCGUGAACACUAUAUAGUGUUAUUAUUAUUAUUAUUAUUGUAUGUAACCUAACCUAAACAAAUGUUAAACAUAAUAUUAUAGUAUUAUGAAAAUAGUACAUAAUAUAACUAAGGUUAAUUUUUUUGUAGUUAAUUUUGGUCUGGUCAUUUUAUUGCCGACCUCAUAUUAUAACAGUUACCCACUACAUUAUAAGUUACUUCAUGUUAUACACAAUCAUAUUUCUAAGACUUUUCCCUCGUAAUAUAACAAUACUUAGUCAUUAACCUUACCGCUCUACUUUUUUUUCACGUUUUGAAGAUAGUAAAUGGUAUUCACAAUAAUAAUUAUUUGGUCACAGAAAAAUUUUUUUUAAAACACAAUUUUUUAGUUAUGUCAUUAGGUAUCUUUUAUACCAAUUAAAGUCUUAAAAAAAGAAAAUAUUAAACAUCAAAUUUUAGCAUAUCUUUUUUAAUAUUUAAUUAGGUACUCCUUUAUCAAGAGCAUUUACAGUAUCUAAUUACUACUAAAUAUUUGACACAAAAUGUCUUGAUAGUGUCUUAAAUGUAUCUAUUAUAUUAUUUGUAAAAAAAAGUGGAGAAAUACAAUUUCCAUUUUGAAAAAUGGUAGAAAAAGUCCUCUUUACCAUUUAAACGUGUAGUGAAGGAAAUAUUCAAAAACCGAAUUAUUUAGAUGUUUGGCUAUCUCGUUUGAUACUUCAAACUGAACAUAUUCUUUAAUUUCUUAUGAAAAUCCACAUCACAUAGUCAUAAUUAUCACAAUUCAAUUUUCUUAACUAUUAAAUAUAGGCACCAACAAAUUGAUAAACAAGGUACUGAUUUUAAUAUUUUGCCCCUACAGUAAACCGUAUACAGACAUUCCCCUUCUCCAAACUAAAACCUGAAAUUAUAUUUUGGCGUGUUGCAAUAACUGUUUUUAGUCACUAGUGAUAAAUUAUCAUCCAAAUGUAUUACUGUUUUUUGAGACCAUUCCUUAAUUAAGUAAUACAACAAGUUUGUUGAAAAUUGUUAACAUAGAUUUUAGAUAUACAGUAUGAAAAGAUAAUAGAUUAAAGAUAUUGUGUAUUGUGGGGUUAUUUUAAGCAAAACAAAAUACUAAAUAAUUUAAAUUGUACUACUAAGAUACAUGUGUAACUUUUUUUAUUUAUUUUUAGAUUCUGAGUAGAGUGAAAAAGCUUAUAGUUUUACUAAAAAAAUUUUAUUUUAUUUUUUAUCAGUUAAUAAAUUUUCUACCAAAAGUCUUGCUCGGAUUUCUAAGUGUAGCAACUUUUCUGAAAAAAAAAUCGGUGUGGAGAGGUACUUUAGGCAAGUUAUUUUUCGAUUUUCUCAAGAGUUUUUCAUAACAUUUGAAUAAACGGGAAAAUGUACGAAAUAUAUUUCUUAAAUAUUACAACUUUUUUUUUAUGUGCACAAUUUUUCAACCAGCAAUUUUGUUCCAAAUUUUAAUGAUAACAAUGUUUCUAAACAGAAAUUUUACUAGGGAAGUAUUUUAAACAGGUCAUUUUUCGAUUUUUUCUGGAAUUUUCCCAUCAAAUGUGAGAAACCAGGUUAAAACAUGGGAAAAUUGGUACAACAUUAAACAAAUAUUAUUAAAAAGAAUAUAUAAAGCCUAUUUAAUUAUUUUACUAUAAAAUGACACAUAUAUAUAGUGUUAACAAAGCAUUUCUAUCAACUUAACUCUACUCAGAAUCCUUUUUUUUUAAAUCAAUGCUUACAGGUAUACAUUAAAUUAUCAAUAACAGUGGCUUUUCCUGUCCCCAUUAUCCUAAAAUGUUUUUUUUAUUAUAUACCUACACCUGCAUAUUUUUAUAUUUAUUCAUUCUUCAGUAUAUUAAAUACAUCAAUUUUAUUAUGCACAUAUAAUUUUGAUAUUUUAUUAAUAUAGCGGGGAAUGUCUGAAGUAUGUGGCGAGGAAAUGUAGGUGAGAACAUGACAGAUUGCAUAGAUUGCAAUAUUACAUAGAUGUAAUUUUAGAUUUUAAAUAUAAUCAAAAUUCAACAUUAUAGCGAAUUAGUAAUUACUAAUAAGGGCUGUCAUGUAGUAUUAGGCCUAGUAAAUUCACCAGUAGUAUGCGGUGUACUGGUGAAUUUACGAGUAUAGUAUACUGUACUAUAUUAUACUAUAUAGUAGGUAUAUCAUUCAAAAUAUUUAAUUAUUUAUUGUUCAAAAAUAGUAAUUAAAAUAAUAUAGUAUUUAUUGAUUAUAUAAAUCAAUAAACAAUUAAAUUGUUGUCAAGAAUACAUAUUAUAGAAUACAUAUUAUUCUAUAAAAACUUUCUCUAUAUUUCUCAUAAAUGCAUUAAAUACACCAGAUUUAUUUAUCCCAGGCCACCUUGUUUCCAUGAGAUACCUGCAAUAUAUAUUUUUUUUUUUUUUACAUUAAAUUAUUCAUAAUUUAUAGGUAAUGUUUUUUACCUUGGAAGGAGGUCAAAACUUGUACCACACAUCUUUUUAACUACUUUUAAAUGUAAUGGUUUCCACAAACUUCUGUGUGGUUGUGUAACUGGAUCAACAACAUUUUUUCUGUGAUUAACUGUAUUAUGUGUGUAACCAGAUUGAGCGAUCCCAUUAUAUGUUGACCACUCAUCAGAGUGUAUAAUAGAACCCAAUAUAAUCUCUUUUUUAAUGAUUUCAUCCAAAGUUUCCUUGUUUCGCUUUGGAACAAUAAAAUAUUGUGCCUCGGUAUCAUUACAUAAAUCACUUAAGGAUUGUCCAUUCAUCUACUAUAAUUCCUUUUUCCAUUUUAAAGAGGAUCGUCAUUUUCAUCUUUGAUGUUUUCACUUGGCAAAUUUGCAAGUCAAUAUCGACAUGUAACAAUAUGAUGAUGAUUUAUAUUAUUUUAUAAUUAAUAUUCAAUAUUAAAAUUGUUUAAAAUACAAAUUUCCUUUAUGAUUUUUUCUUGAUCUUCUCAACAAACAUUCAUUAAUUGGCAUAUCUCAACACAAAUUCAUCCAUUCACUUAUAGUCAAUCCAGUAGUACACCAAUUCUAACUGUUGACUGAGGCUUAGUCCACUAUUUAGACAACCAUUUUUGUUAAUAUAAGUCCUAAAAGCAUUAUCCUUCCUAUAAUUACAUUUUGAAUACACAAUUAUAAUAUAAUAAGUUAUGCACAAUAUCUGAAUACCUUAAGCUUUGAGUUGUCUGACAUCCCUUUCCUUCAUAACGUAAAACUUUUUUCUUUACCCCUCCUUAUGUAGGUACAAAUUAAUAUCACUCCCACACUUAUGGCAUUGGGCAUUUUCAUUGUUUGCUAAACGAUUUUUAAUAAUUAAAAAAUGUAUUGUUGAUUCAUCACACUUAUAAUUAAAUAAAAAAACUGUUGGAAAUAUAUUGAUAAUGUAUGAUUGUGUAUAAAUUGUAGUAUCGCGCAGUAAAUAAUGUUCCUAUACUAAGUGUCUGAGUUCAUACUUCUACAAAAUAUCUAACUAUUGUUAUCAAAAGUCAUAAUUAAAGUAUAAGUCCAUAAAGAUAAGGUGUUAUUAAAAGAUAAGAUAAUAUUAAGCCUAUGUAAAAACCAGUCUGCUCAUAUAGACCACAUAUUAUAGCAGUGGCAGCGCCAGAACUUUUACAUUACAUAGGCAUUAUAUAUUUUCUUUAAUAAUAAUUGUAUAAUAUUGUACAGAUUUUCCCCUGGACUUAUGUAAAUAAGAUUAUUAAAUAACUGAUUAAAUUAUGUAAAAACUAAAGAUAAUAUAAGUAAUAAUAAUUAAUUUGAAUAUAAAAUUUACAAUAUUACAAUCUCAGUAUAAUAUCAAUAUAAAACUUUUUUUCAGACUCAAUUCUAA